AUGCUUUUUUCGUAUUUCUUGCCAUCAGAAGAAGUUGCUGAAAAGGAAGCUGUCAUCCGACAGCGAGUUGACUUUUUCCUGCGACUCAGUUUCGCAUCAUUUUUUAGCUGUCAAACAUUCGAUUUCCUGUUCAGUCCAAUAUGGAUGCACGGGUACAUUUGGUCACUGAAUCAGAAGGCCGAGCUUGAUCUCAGUACCAAAUCAGCGGGAGCUAUUGUUGAACAUCAGCUUACAGCCUGCGGUUACUCUGAACGUGUUUUCUUAUCCAUCCUUCUCGUCUUCAUUAUUUACGCACUGUUACUGAUUUCCGGUUUCCGAGGACAGAAUCAGACGGUGUGGCGUCUUUUAAGGCUCUCACUGUUUGUCGGUAUGCUGACGGGAAAUAUGCGUUGGCUGCAGAUGAAGCAGCUUCUCUAUCCGGCUGUGCAUGAAGCAUUUUAUGCAUAUUUUCUCACCUUUUCUAUUGGUGAUUAG